AUGAAAAUCGGUAACAUUUCUCUCGUUAUGUUCGAGAUUUACAAUAUUAUUUCGACAUUACUCGGAUUAUUACCGUGCAGUAUAAAAAUAUCGAGGCAAUCAUCCCCGAGAAUUGGUGCAUCAUUUGCAUUUUCAUACUCACAAUUGGGAUUUGCGUACAAUAUUUUUCUGGCAGCUGUGCUGAUUGUCAUAAGUAUAAUCAGUGUGCCUCACCUGCAGAUCGCUGAAUACCCGAAUAACUCGUACAUUGUUAAAAACAUUACGUUCAUCCUGACAUUAAUGGGAAAUGCGUUGGCAGCUGCCAUGAUAACUCUGUACGCUAUUCUGCAGAGUGUGAUAAUCCAGAUCGGCAAUCGAUUGUACGCAUUCGACAACAAUUACGGGAAUAAAUUAAUUGAGAGAAGAGAUGAUGCCUUCGGAGUGGUGAAAUUAUUCCUCCCAAUCAGUGUUAUCUUCAUCUGGAUUGGUGUAGGGAUAUCAACAAUUAUGAUGUCAGAGGAAAAGUAUCUUCUCUACUCAGGACUAUUUGGCGCAAGUAUGAGCUGGUUUUUACUCCAAUACAGUCUAAUGAUUCACUCACUCAGAAGAAGAUUCCAAGGUCUGAACGAUGCGCUCCUCGCCACGACAAGAUCUCCAAUUUCAUUCGAGAAUAAUCUAUUGUAUCAAGAAAGUCUCUCGAGUGAUCGAUCAAUCGUCAAGAAUUUACUGACGAUUAAAAAAGCACGGGGUGAAAUGUGCAGAAUUUCACGUCAAGUCUCCAGAUUCUACUCCUGUCCUGUUUUAGCUAUUAUUUUUUAUUGCUGCUGCAGCUCCGUUCACAGUAUUUACUUCUACCUCAUGAUAAUGAUAUUUCCGGAUGGUGAUGCCUUCCCCAUCGAUUCAAUCGACUCGUAUUUCUGGGUUCUCCUGGAGAUUUAUCCAUUAAUUGUUCUAUGUGCGAGUGUCAACGCAUUUCAUGCAGAGACGGAUCGAACUGCCGAUGUGGUUUAUGAUGUCAUGGAGAAAUACCCAGUAAACCGAGAAAUCGGUUUUCAGUUGAACAAUUUUGCUGUUGAAUUAUUGCACAAGAGAAUCCAUUUUACCGCGUGUGGACUUUUUUCGUUGGAUUGCAGACUUUUGCAUUCAAUAUUCGGAAUGAUCGUGACGUAUCUCCUGAUUCUCUGGCAAUUCAAACCCAUGGGUAAUACCAGAAUCUAUUGAUCAUCCACCGAUCAAUACAGAUGUUUGGAAAAUACGUGCGCCCAAAUUCAGUCCUGAUUUUUAUCGCGAUGCAUUACCAAAUUGAAAUAAUGACAAUGCUGUUGGAAAUAGUGAUGAGGACAACUGGAAUUAUUUUUAUGUUAACUGUCGUUUUAUAUUGAGCAGAAUGAAUCGAACUAGCCGUGAUCGUCC